GCUAGACCACAAACGUCAAACAAUAAACUUUACUGUAAACGUAAAGUGUAAAUUCUGAAUGACGUAAAUUGGGCAAUGAGCGUAGCAAAGGAAUCACAAAAUAAAUAAAUAGAGCAAUUGAGCAAUUUGAAAUUUAAUGUGUUCUGUGCAGAGAUUAUGGAGGAGUAAAUAGUAAAUAAUAUAUUUCCGAAAUUUUAACUUUUGGGUAUACGUUUAAGUUUUUCGAGUCAUUUGAUUCAUAUUCAAUCUUAGCCUGUGAAAAUAUAUCAUAAAAAUAAUUGGCUUUCAUUGGCUUAUGCACUUACUUACUUAUAGAAACUUACUUGUGUAUUUUUAUUUAUGAUCAAUUAUGGCACUGUGCGUAGCGGUAGUUAGCAAAGAGAAUGCUCCAAAAUAUGUAACUUCAUUGAACCCAGAACACGAACUACAAAUUCAAUAUGAAAUACAUUCAUCAAUUGACUUCGUGGAAGAAAAAUUGAAAACUGGUAAAAAGGAUAUGCGAGAUCUGUAUUUGGGACUAUUGUAUUCUACUGAAGAUCAUAAAAUAUAUGGAUAUGUUACAAAUACUAAAGUAAAAUUUUUUGUUGUGAUAGAUUCUAGCAACUUGUUAUUAAGAGAUAAUGAAAUACGUUUUAUGUUCCGAAAAUUGCAUACAGCUUAUACCGAUUUAAUGUGUAAUCCGUUUUAUAUUCCUGGAGAUUAUAUUACAUCUGAGAAUUUCAACAAAGUUGCCAGAGGUAUUUUAACUGGGAAUUCAUAAGUAGAUAAAUAAUAUAAUAAUAAUGAAAUAUAAUUCAAUAAAAAUAUUUUAAACUUAAGAAAAUUGUUAAAAUUUA